GCUGCUUGUUCCAUCCCGCCUGUGUGCGCCGCAUCCAUACCAAGAUCCUCUGACUUCUUCUCCACAUGUCCCCGCGGCGUUCGCCGGAUUUAAUUGCAUAAUUGCCUCAUAUUUCACCAUUGAAAAAACACGGGGCCAUAUCGCGUCUGACUGACAGCUGACCGGCGCUUUUACGGGUAUUAUUUUUCCACUCCUCCUCCUCUCUGAACGUCUCCCCACCAUCACACACACCCUCUUGCCAUGCAGGAGGUGUAACCCUCCUUCCUCUUCUUGCUUGUGCACCAUCGGAGGAGCCCUAAAACAGAAAGAAAAAAAUAACAGAAUCCCAACCUGUAUCCAAUCAAGAUGUCAGACCCCGAUGCCUCCUCGCCGGCAGACCACCCGCUGCCACUCACCUCCCCCCGGACCCCCCUGCAGCUCUCCUUCCCCUUCCUGAGGGAGGGCAGUCGGGUUUGGGAGAGGGAGAGGGAGAGGAAACCGCCACAGCCUGGAGAGCUGCCUAGCCCACUGCCCACCAAACGCACCCGCACAUACUCAGCGACAGUGCGAGCCAAAUCAGGUCCAGUAUAUAAAGGAGUGUGUAAAAACUUCUCCAGGUCUCAGGGUCAUGGAUUCAUACGACCCUCUCACGGCGGAGAGGACAUCUUCGUCCACAUCUCUGACAUUGAUGGAGAGUACGUGCCUAUGGAAGGGGACGAGGUCACGUACAAGGUGUGCCCCAUCCCUCCCAAGAACCAGAAGAUCCAGGCUGUCGAGGUGGUACUCACCCACCUGUAUCCAGGCACCAAGCACGAGACCUGGUCAGGUCAGAUCAUCAGCUCCUAGAGCUGCGCUCCAGGUUGCAAAGGCUGCAAUGGCAAAGGGGGAUUUGGAUUUAGUUUUAUGUUUAUUGUUUUUCGGGUUGUAUCAGGUGUGGGACCAGGUCAAGGGAAAAGGGAUCGGAGCUGGGCGUGCGGCUGAAUUUGGCCUGAGGCAGCCCGGAUACGAAAUGGUGUUGAUAAAUGUUUGAGUUUGAGGGUUAGGGCUUAAACUUAAGCUUUGAAUGUACAGUAUAUGUGUGAAUGUUUUUCUUUGACGGUCAUCAUUUGAAUGUUUUGGUUUGGGGUUUGAAAGUUAAGGUUCAGAACUUGGUGAUUGAACUGUAUAUUGAAGUUGGAAAAUCAGUGUUUGUUAGGGGAAGCAAAGUCUCCAACGAG